UGCCUGCCCCGCGGGGGAGAGCGGGCUGCAUGGCCGCUCGGGCCGGCCGGGGGGGCCGCGGCGGGAGGGGCGACGCCCGCGUGCCGCCGCCCGCCAAAACGCGCAGGGUGGCGGGACGGGGCAGGGCAGAGCCGCGCCGACCCCUCGCCCGGCUGCCCCCAGCCCGCCGCGAUGCCCAGUGACUCCCCGGCCUUCAGCAAGCCCUCGGACGCCGCGGGGCCGGGGGACAAGGCGGGAGGCUUCGGGAAGGCGGCGGCCCACAUGGCGGCCGCCCCGGCGGACGGGGUCGCCGCCGGCGUGGCGGGGAAGAAGCCGCCGCGUCUGCCCAAGUGUGCCCGCUGCCGCAACCACGGCUACUCCUCGCCGCUGAAGGGGCACAAGCGGUUCUGCAUGUGGCGGGACUGCCAGUGCAAGAAGUGCAGCCUGAUCGCCGAGCGGCAGCGGGUGAUGGCAGCGCAGGUUGCGCUGAGAAGGCAGCAAGCUCAGGAAGAGGAGCUGGGAAUCAGCCACCCAGUGCCCCUGCCCAGCGCCCCGGAGACGUUUGUUAAGAAGAACAGUGGUGGCAGCUCUUGUCUCUUGUUGGAAAACAGCAGCCCUACCCACUCGACAAGCACAGCCAUGACGGCAGCGAGCACAGCGUCAGAGGGACGGAUGCUCAUUCAGGACAUCCCUUCCAUCCCCAGCAGAGGGCACUUGGAGAGCACGUCUGAUUUGGUUGUGGACUCCACCUACUACAGCAGUUUUUACCAGCCAUCCCUGUAUCCUUACUAUAACAACCUGUACAACUACUCCCAGUAUCAAAUGGCAGUGGCCAGUGAGCCUUCUUCAAGUGAGACGGGGGGUACGAUUGUAGGGUCGGCCAUGAAAAACAGCCUUCGAAGCCUCCCAGCAACAUACAUGCAAACCCAGUCGGGAAAACAGUGGCAGGUGAAGGGCAUGGAGAGCCGCCACGCCGUCAGCUCCCAGUACCGCAUGUGCUCCUACUACCCACCCGCUUCCUACCUGGGACAGGGGGUUGGAGCUCCCACGUGCCUCCCCCAAAUCUUGACCUCUGAGGAUGUCCCUUCCUACUCGGAGUCGAAAGCAAGAGUGUUUUCGCCGCCCAGCAGCCAGGACUCUGGCCUGGGGUGCCUGUCCAGCAGCGAGAGCACCAAGGAGGACCUGGAGUGUGAGCCCCCCCCGGAGCCCGGCGCCUUCGCGGUGAGCCCCGUCUUGGAGGGCGGCGAGUAGGCCCGGCGCGGCCGGGCGGUCCCGCCCGGGGCAGGGCGGUGCAGCAGCGUUCGAUGUUUGCUUGUUCUGCUUGGGGGUUGCGGGGGGCGGGCAGCGGGGGGGAGCGUUUGGUUUCUUCUUUCCAGGUGCGGGGCGGGAUGCCGGUUUCCCUGCGGCGUGAGGGGCUCUCCGGACCGGGAGCCGCGUCCCCGCCGCGGGAAAGCCGGUGCCGUGUCUCCGCCGCCGGCCUGCGGCAUGGAGAGCCGCCGUCGGGGGAAAGGCAGAGGCGUGGAGAGCGUCGCCGAAAUGCGGGAAGGGGCUCGGGGGAGCGGGAGCCGAGAUGACCGGGAGUCCUGCGCCCGCCCCUCUCUGCGCAGGGGCGGGGUGGGGGGUGAUAACCCGUCCCUGGGAAGCAUCAUCCCAUUAUGUAUUUCUAAUGGUUCCUUAUAGGCUAAUGCUGCUGCUCGGCUCCGAGCAUCAUCUUCUCGUGUCGCCAAAUUAACGUAUUUUGCAUAUUACAGUUGAGUGCCUUGCCUUAGAUUGCAAUCUAAACUGCAAGUAAAUACGUCUCUAAAAAGUUACCGCGAAUUUCCAUGUUUGUUAUUUUGUUAAAAAUGGCUUACGGUGUUCUUUUCUUGCGUUACAGAAGCCAACCUGAAAUGAAACUAGUCUAGAAAAAUUCAUUGUUCUCUGUAGUUGUGGCUGUACCUGAAAUAAAAAUGUUAUUGAUGACUGAA